AUGCACCAUGGUGUUACCGAAACACAAAUCGAAGAAUACCUGAAAUUGCAAAGACAGCGAACAGAACCUACUAUAUCUCAACUUCCAUCACUGGUUGCCCUGGUACCAACGAAUUCAAAGCUUUCGGCCGCGCCAAAUCAGCCUCCUGUGGAUCACAAUUGUUCAACAGCAACGCCCUCUUAUUGGAAGUCGAACAACCGGCCGCAUGAAGUCGAAAGUAUUGAUGCCAUGUAUUUGCAUACAAAGCAAUUUUCACAGAGCUCUACGAAUAUCCUCAAUUGCCAAGAUUAUAACGGAGUUCGAGAAAGUGCGGUUAGCUCCGACCCUAUCGAGACCAUCUCACAACCAGAGCUCUCUGACCUAGAGUCUCCUGGUGGUAUCCAGGGUGUUGGCUGCUCCAUGCCGCAUGUGGGUGCAGCAAGGCUUGAAUAUAGUUCGCAAUCAAACGGCAUGGUGAAGAAUAUGUCGAUUUACGACAUACUGGACAGGUGA